AAUUAUGCCACCGUCAUAGCUGCCCACCCGCUCGGGAACAGGACCUGUCUCGCACACGGCGACUCGCAUUGUACGCUUUAACUCUUUCCAUGAAAGGAGAACGGAGCGAAAGGUACACCGGUUCUACCCACGCCCCCUGUCUCUUUGCUGUCCUCUCUACCAGGGAGAUCAGACGAUAUAAUGCAACCCUUGCCCCCCUCUUCCUUGCCCCCUCCGGGGCCCAGCAUUAUCAUUCUUUCCAUCCAGAACCCGGCGACCAGCCAGAGCGGUCCGCUCUGGCGGAACCCAUGCGUCGGCACGCUGGCGGGCAACUACAGGGUCCCGCAGGACUAUAAUGUCGAGUACUCACCACAGGAGCCGCAUCCGGCCGAGCAGAGCCAGUCCACACACGCCUACGACACGCACCAUCGAGGGUCCCUCGGGGGCCCGUCAUCGCUGCAUGACCCCCCGGACCACCACUCUCACCACUCUCACUCUCACACGAGCCACCAUGGCCUGUCGCAGCACCACCCGUCCGCCCACCACCACCAGGUCCUGAUGGAUCCGGGCCAGCUGGGCGGACACGCGGCGCCCCGGCACCUGGGCCAUCCCGGGCCGUCGCACUAUGCACCUGGACCGUCGCCUCACUCGGUCGUUGCGCCGCUGUAUCCGUCCAUGGUCCCCACGCCCGGCAGCACGUCGGUCAAGCGCCGGCGGCCCAGCGACCUCGAUCUAGCGAUCCCUGGCAUCCCCGACCUCGAGCACAGCGAGCUGGAGUCGAUGCAGCAGUCCCAGAUGGGAGGCGCGUACGGGCAGGCUGGCGGCACAGUCUCGACCCACCACCACCACCGCAUGCCCGACGCCGCUCCCCCGGCAAAGAUGAUGCGGCGCGACUCCCAGGGGGGUGGCGGGGGAGCGCCAAGCGUGGUCGGGCAGGCCGGCAUGCCGCCUCCUGCGCCGAGGCCGCGAGGGCCCAAGCUCAAGUUCACGCCCGAGGACGACCAGCUCCUGAUAGACCUCAAGGAGAACAAGAGCCUCACCUGGAAGCAAAUCGCUGAUUUCUUCCCCGGGAGGUCCAGCGGCACGCUCCAGGUCCGGUACUGCACCAAGCUAAAGGCCAAAACGACGCAGUGGACAGACGAGACGGACCAAAAGCUUCGGACGGCUCUGCAAGACUAUGAGAGGGAAAAGUGGCGGAUUGUGGCCAGCAAGGUGGGAACGGGAUUCACGCCGAUAGCUUGCCAAGAAAGAGCUGCACAAAUUCUUGGCACUCCCUUAUAGCAAUCAAUGUCCUCGCCAGGAGCUUCGGUUCCUGGGUCUGGGGACACCACCGCACACUACACGCACCAGGCUCCCGACGCCGGUGCGAGCCACCACCUCUAUGGUGGCCACUAAGGGCUUCGUUCGAACGCCCGCCAUGACUUGGAGCAACAGCGGCCAGGCCCAAUGCGCGACUCCGGCGCGCGUGUGAAUAAUCUCUCUGCCGACGAGACCCACGACAGUCCACCAAGGGCUUGGUCAAAGCACCAAAGCCCCCUCCAACCUCCCAAGGAAUCCGCAAAUAUCACCCUAGUGGACGGAACGGGGCUAUCGGAUAGGCAUAACAGCAGCGCCCAGCACGACUCUGGGGUGCAACGCUACGGCCCGUAAGCAAAUGGGCAGCUGAGGCAGCUGGCACUUUGGCUGCCUCGGACUUUUGUCCCAUCUUUGCUUUUUUCGAACCCUUUUUCUUCUGUCCACACCUCGGGGGUUUCUUCUUUCCCUCCCCCUUCUUCUUUCUUCUUUUACUCCCAAUUUUGGAUUUCCUUUUUGUCACGUUGCAUGCGCCCCCUUUCUCUUUCCUUUUUUUCUACCACCACCUUGCUUUCGGGUCCGAAGAUCUCUUAGCAUUAUUGCUGCGCCGGGGCGGAAACUCUCUCUUCUCCCUUGUUGGCGCGACUUGGUUAAGCUCGACUCUACGCGGGCGGGAUAAUUAUCGAGAUACCCCCCGACCCGUUGGUGUUGACGCUACCGGUCGCGUUCCGACUCUCCAUAUUGCUCAGAAGACUUUUUUUUCUCUUCCUUUUUUUCUGUUAUAAACCCUGGAUGACAUAGACAUUUCAUUACGUAUCGCAUCGUGGGAAGGGACGGGCUCGGGCCGAGGCUGGUGCAGGACUCCCUGCCGCCAGACUGAGGAAGGGUGGGUGUGGAGUUGAGUAGUUUGUCUUUUCUUUGGCUUGGAGUCAAUGAUGAUUAUGGUCUCGUACCGCUUCGGAGGAGUCUAUGGGCACCCAUCUUCUCGAGCUGCUUCCCCAUGGCCUAGUCAGCCGGAGGGUGGAUCCGGAGGGGGGGCGUCCAAGAGACAAGGCAGGCAUACUCGGAAGCUAGAGGGCAUCUCUCUGGCUGGUUUAGGUGACAUGAGGAUAAAUGAUGCAUUACAGGAAACAUACGAAUACCCCCACGCGCGAGUUUUCAGUUCUUGGCGAGACCAUAUUCUAAACACAUUUUUUCUUU